CCGCAGUAUGCAGAUGUGACUCUGGAUCCUGAUACAGCUCAUCCAUAUCUCAUCCUGUCUGAUGAUGGAAAGCAAGUGAGACAUGGAGAAUUUAGUCAGGACCUCCCAGACAACCCAAAGAGAUUUAAUUACUAUUCAUUUGUCCUGGGAAAGGAGGUAUUCUCCUCAGGGAGAUUUUGUUUUGAGGUGCAGGUGAAAGGAAAGACUGCCUGGGAUCUAGGAGUGGUCCAAUAAUCCAUUAACAGGAAAGGAGAGAUCUUACCCAGUCCCAGUAAUGGAUGGUGGACUUUUAUUCUGAGGAAUGGGAAUGAAUAUAUUAACUGCACUAAUCCUCCUGUUGUUAUCCCUGUGAAAGUGAGACCGCAGCGGGUCGGUGUGUUUGUGGAUUAUGAGGAGGGUCUGGUCUCCUUUUAUGAUGCAGAGUCUGGCUCUCAUAUCUACUCCUACACUGGUCAGUCUUUCAAUGAAUCAAGCUUUUCUAAGUCUGCUGUUAUUUCUUCUUCAUAAGCAUAAGUAAACAUCUACAUAAACAGACACACCUGGAAAGUUAGGGAGAUGCAAGUUCAUUUGAUCCGACUAAUCACCACAUUAGUGUUAGCAUCUAUAAGAUGAUGUUCACAUCACACCUGAGAACAUUACGUGCUUUUGUUAUGCCUUAAGCAUACAUAAGAACAUACAACUUUUUACAGUGUAAAAAAGCUUUAAGUACGUCAGGUGAACAUGGAGUGCUAUCACUAUGUGUUCUCACUAGAUGGCGAUAGUGAAGAGCAACGUCACCAUUCAGAGAAGGGCUUUAUUUUUAGUAGUGGACAUUUAUGUUAUGAGCGUGACUGCAGUUCUACAGGACGAAUGCAAAUACAAACACGAUGAACAGCGACAUGGACGCCUUAAACUGCCAAACUCUUUAAACAGCAGAAUAUUUAUUAAGCUGUUUCAAGACCCUUGUGGACACAUCUAAUUCUCACAGUAAUGUCAUCCUCCAGUGGUCCACUGACUGAGGAGCUUCAGUGCUCUAUAUGUCUGGACGUGUUCACUGAUCCAGUCAGCACUCCAUGUGGACACAACUUCUGCAAGACCUGUCUGAAUAAGUACUGGGACAACAGCCAGACCUGCAACUGUCCAUACUGUCAAGAAACAUUCAAGCAAAGACCUGAUCUCAAGAUUAAUACCACACUCCGAGAGAUCGUAGAUCACUAUAAAAAGACAAAUCCUGAGGGAAAACCUGAGGUUCUGUGUGACUUCUGUGAGGAAACAAAGCUGAAAGCCCUGAAGUCGUGUCUGGUGUGUCAGAGCUCUUACUGUGAAACUCACCUGCAGCCUCAUCUGAAAGUGGCAGGUUUAAAGAAACACAAACUGAUGGAUCCUGUGAGUAAUCUGGAGGACUAUAUAUGUCAGAAACAUGAGAGACCUUUAGAGCUGUUCUGUAGAGAUGAUCAGACAUGUGUGUGUCUGAUGUGCACUGUGACAGACCACAAGAACCACAACACUGUUCCUCUAGAAGAGGAGAUUGAAGAGAAGAAGACUCAACUGAUGAAGACACAGAAGGAUGUGCAGCAGCUGAUCCUGAAAAAAAUCAAGAAUAUUGAAGACAUCAAACUCUCAGCAGACAUCAGAAAAAGAUUUUUUACUGAACUGCUGGAGAUGAUGGAGGAGCAGCAGAAAGCAGCAGAGAAAAAGCAGCGAGAGCUCACUGAAGAGCUGGAGAGGGAGAUCACUGAGCUAAAGAUGAGAAACACUGAGCUGGAGCAGUUCUCACACACUGAAGAUCACCUCCACCUCCUACAGAUUUACUCAUCCCUGUGCAGCUCUACAAACACCACAAACUUUCCUGAGACCACUGUGUAUGUUCCUGAGAGUCUGUUCCUGUUGUAUGUGAAAGGAGAUCUCUUUGAAUUGAAGGAAACUCUAACUGAGAAAAUCAAUCAUACUGAGCUAAAGUGGAUGCAGCACUAUGCAGUGGAUGUGACUCUGGAUCCUGAUACAGCUCAUGCUCAUCUCAUCCUGUCUGAUGAUGGAAAACAAGUAAGAUGUGGAGACAAUAAGCAGAAACUCCCAAACAACAAAAAGAAAGUUGAUCGAUGUGUAAAUGUCCUGGGAAAGGAGGGAUUCUCCUCAGGGAGAUUUUAUUUUGAGGUGCAGGUGGAGGGACAGACUAACUGGAUUUUAGGAGUGGCCAAAGAAUCUAUUGACAUUAAGGGAGAGAUCAAACUAUGUCCUAAAAAUGGUUACUGGACUGUGGCUCUUUUGAAUGGGAGUGAAUACAUUGCCUGUAAUGAUCUGCAUCUGCCUCUGUAUAUGAGUACAGUGAAGAUGAAGCGGGUCGGUGUGUUUGUGGAUUAUGAGGAGGGUCUGGUCUCAUUUUAUAAUGUGGAAUCUGGCUCUCGUUUCAACUUUUACGCCGGGCUGUCUUUCACUGAAAAGGUCUAUGCAUAUAUGCCCAUGCCUUAACAAUGAAGGUAAAAAUUGAGGCCCACUGAUCAUUACACAUCAACAUGUGAAAAGUAAUGCUUUAUAUAUAUAUUUUUUUUUUUUUCAUUUUUUCCCCCCAUCCUCACCUGACAACAUGAAAUUAUCUCUAAAACGUUUGCGUUAAAAUAAAUCAAACUAUGAUAACCAGCAUUCAACAACCGAUUAUGUAGGCCUAUCAGUUUUUGGUUAAUAGAGUAUAGAGUAUAUAUAGAGUAUAAUAGAGUAUAUAUAUAUAUAUAUAUAUAUAUACAUAAGUUUAGCUAUCAAGGGCAGUUAUUUGUUCAGACUCUCUGUCAGCUUUAAAUAACUUAUUAAAUGGGCAGUCUACAUAAAUCAAGACAACAUAAGGCCCGACACUGCAGGAGAACUGAGUAAAAAAAAUAACAUUGGUUAUCAUUGGUAAUCACAAACAUUUUUUGUAUUACAAGUUUUCUAAAAUGUUAGGUUUAAAUAUGCAAAUGAGGCAUUAUUCAGUGAAAUAUGUGCUAACUGCAUAAAUGUCUAGUACUAAAAUUGAACACUGGAUGAAGUCACUUUCAAAAUUCUUGUUUCAUUUUUUGACAUAUUAGUGUCAAAUGUUUUUACAGAUGGAAUUUUGACACUCCAUAAUUCAGAAAAACUUAGAACAGACAGAAAACAGUAUAUAUAUAUAUUUUACAAUUUUUUGGGGAAAAAAAUGUUAUGUAAAAUCAAGCAAAUUAUAUAUGAACAAAUCUCUCUGUAAAAAUGUUCAGGAUAUAGACAGGAAUAAAAAUGUAAAGUUUGGUGUGUGUAAGUGCUACUGAAGUGGAAGUUUAUGGCUCAGUGAAGGAGAAAAAAACUCUUUUUGAGUAAUUGUAAUUAAAAUGUAAUAACACAAAUAGAUACAGUGCUAUAAAGGAAACACUUAACAGUGUCUUUUGGAUGUUUCCACUAAUCUGAAAAAAAAAAAAAAAAAAACACUUAAUGAAAAUACAAGAA